AUGGGCUCCCUUGACAUGUCCUCAGCGAAUGCUGUCCAUCAAGUCGUAAUAAUCGGCGCUUCAUAUGGAGGCAUCCCGGUAGCACAUGGCCUGCUUAAGGACGUCUUUCCAGCGCUAUCAGCCGCACGUAAACAGAAAUAUAAAGUUGUGCUGAUUGCGCCCAAUGACCAUUUCUAUUGGAAGAUUGGCGCGCCCCGCCUGAUCGUCAACCCAGCGGCACUUCCUCUCGAAAAACUACUUCUCCCCAUCGCCGACGGUUUCAAGCAGUACCCCCGAGAUCAGUAUGAGUUCAUUUAUGCAUAUGCAACCUCAAUUGAUCCGGACAAAAAGACAGUAUCCACGUCCACCGAUGAGAGUGUCCAUUACGAUAGCCUUGUGAUUGCUUCCGGCACUACCUUUGCAACUCCGGUAUGGUCCACCUCCAAUGGCUUGGAUGCGCUCCGAGCCGACCUCGCAGAACUUCACGAAAAGCUACCAGCAGCUGAGUCAAUCCUGGUUGGUGGAGGUGGUGCAGUCGGCACCGAGACUACAGGCGAGCUUGGGGAGACCUUUGGAGGGAAGAAGGAGCUCACGUUGCUGUCCGGAUCGACUCAGCUUCUUCCGAGACUCAGCAACAAGAAAGUCGGUAAAGAUGCUGAAGCACGCUUGACCAAGCUAGAAGUCAAGGUAAUCCAUGGUGUGCGAGUCACAUCAUACAGCAAGACUGCCGAAAACAAAACAGCUGUCAAGUUGAGUGACGGGACAGAAAAGAUCGUCAAUGUCUACAUCGAUGCAACCGGCGACCGACCAAACAGCAAGUUUGUUCCAGAGGCAUGGCUAGACCCACGUGGUUUUGUCAAGACCGAUGGCCGAACCCUGCGCCUUGACGUCCCGGAUGUGCAGCAUGUGUAUUGCAUUGGGUCAGUUGGUAGUUACUCGACUGGCAACGUAUUUGACACCAAAUUUGCCAUGAAGGCUUUGCUAGAGAGUAUUCGCUUGGAUCUGAUUGGCAAGCGUGAGACUUCCUCGUCUUCUAUCGCCUCCCUCGAUCCAACUCCACCUGGGUGGAUUGCUUGGCUAACAAGUUGGGUUCCGUUCUACGGAUCUACAGAAACCGGCACGAGAAAGGUCUUCUACAAGAAGUUUGAGAGCGAUGUGCAAUUAAUUCCUAUUGGGCCCAAGCAAGGUGUGGGUGUUGCUUUUGGCUGGAAAAUGCCUAGCUUCGCUGUCGUCAUGGCGAAGAGCAAGGAUUAUAUGGUCAGCAACGCGCCGAAGUUGGUGGAUGGUACGGAGUGA